GUCAAGUUCGUGACCCACGUCUCAGUAACACCGCCUUUCAAUUUAUCACCAGCCUCCUGCUGUUCGGGACGCAUUUGUUCUCAUACACCUACUGCUUCCCCGCAUCGAUAUCUUCUUCUUGAAGCUCGUUGAGCUUCAUGAUGUUUCCUUCGCUGCUACACACAUAUUCUUAUCUCAAAACACCUCCAAAACGAAGCCUAGUUUGUCAGUCUUGGCCCCAGAUCACAUCUACCUCUUGCUAGUGUAUGGCCCCACCAUGGGUUACGUUCGAUAGUGUUGCUUUCUACGGUGGGAACUGUGGUAAUGGGGCAGAGCCAGAUAUCGCGGGUAUCGGCGUCGUACUCUCCUUCGUUAUCGCCAGUGUCAUGACGACAAUAGCUUCCAUCCUUGCUAUGAUUCUCGAUCAAGCCCACGACUCCAAGGGCCAGUUCACACUGCGAGCCCCCAUCAAAUACAUUCGUGAGCGGUUCCUGGAUACAGAGUGGAAGAAGGACUAUGCGUGGCGUCCGUUUCUAGAUCCGCUGAUUAUAGGCCUGGGGGAUCAGCAGUUGAUCACAGGUUAUGCUGUACUGCUCAGCGGAUGGAUAAAGGUUGCACAAGAUUCCUUUGAAGUGCAGGGCGCGCACUUCGUUCUGAUCUUAUACAUCUGCGCGCUCUCGUCAUCGUCUCACCUCGCCGCUCUCCUCACGCUCCGCAAGUACUUUCGCAAGUACAAGCUCAUUGCAAAGAUCCGACUCACGCUCGUCGUCUUGUUCACUGUGUUCCUCCUGUCGUCCAUGGUUGCAGCCAUCUGCAAGCCGCCCACCGUCAUCAAGCUUGGAAACGGUGACACAGAAAUACAGGGUCGUGCGCAAAGACUGUCAUUCGUAGUUCCUCUGUUCCUCAUCGUGAUCGGUUUCUCUACAGCAUUAGUGUGCAUUCUCUACGAUCCAAGACGACAAGGCAUCGCUUUCCGCCUAUCAAACACCUCAGCAAAUUCCGUACCAUGUCACGCCCGCCGCGCAACAGAUCCCAAGCAGAACGGCCUCACCACACACGGUAUAGCAACUCCAGCGCACCUGGGCCUUUGCUUUCUAUAUUACCUUUUUCUCAACCCGCUCAUCGCCUUCGCCGUUCAGAUUCUGUUGGCUAUACUAUCAGCUACAUUGGUUUUGAGCCAGAAGUUCGCGCAGCCGGAUGAUCCAGGGCGAUUCUGCGGGUUGCAGGAUGAAGGAGAGAAUGUGUGGGGAUUUGGUCAAACACUUAGUGUUGUUAUGCUGUUGUUGCCUGCAAUGAGUGCGUGUCAUACGUAUUUGGAAGGGAGACAGGAUAUUCAUGAGGGAUUCACCAGACCGAAGGAUUGAGAUGGAGUGCGG